AUGUAUGAAGCUCAGGGGAGCCCCAGCCAGCCGAGUAAGGCUGACCAGCGCUGGGUCCUCCCCAUCACCUCCUGCCUCUGGGGCUCCGCUCUGCGUGUCCUCUGGCUCUCUGACCUGGAGUACGAAGAGAGCGCUCUCAGCUACGCUGGUUUAAAGCUGAAGAGAGGGGACGGGGAGUCGGGGAGGGACACGCCCAGGGACAUCCACGGCGACGGGAUCCUCAUUCUGGGGCAGGACCAGGACUCCUUCGGGGGGAAUCUGACCGAGCCGUUCGUGGGGAAUAUCACGGACCUGAACGUUUGGAGUGCGAUGCUGGAGGGGAGGACGUUCAGGGCCCUCAGCAACUGCGCCGCCAAGAGGCAGGACGUCCUGUUCGGCUGGAGCGUGGAGCGGGUGAACCGCCAUGCUGUGGUCAGAGAGGUGUCCGCCAUGCUGUUUUGUCCAGCGGUCCACAGACAGGAGGAGCAGGACUGCAGAACCCUGGAGAGCAGGGCAGCUCAACAGCGCCCUCUGUAUGGCCGUGCAGACUGCUCCACCCCACUGCUCUUCACCUGCAGGACCAGCGCAGAGAGCUAUCAAAAGAGGAGGGAAUUAAGGGCAAGUCAGAGUGCUCAUCCCAGCUCUUUUAUGAAGCAUCUCAAGCAGUUGUCUAAUGACACUCAGGGCAUAGAGGUCCUUCUGGGGGAACCAGUGGGUCAGGUGAGCUGGGGUCAUGUGUCCAACCUGCUGGAUGUCUCCUGCCAAGUCCUGGAGGAGAGCAGGGAGGAGCUGCAGCCUGGAGACAUGCUGGCCUUGGUCCAGCUGCUGUCCCAGGCUGCAGACCUGCCCGCAGAGCCCGACCCUGAGCUGGACACACCGUCGGAGGGCAACAGGAGCCAGGCCAGUGCUUGGGAGCUGAGCGAGUACUUCAUCACUCUGGCUGACAGGAUUAUCAGUCAGGACAACGCACCCAAGUGGCAGGCCAUCAGACAGGUGGUCAGUGGUCCAAUGGCCGUGGUCAAGAGCAUCGACCGCAUGGCGAGCGUCUUCAGCCCCCGCCUGAUGGCGGAGACGGAGCGCCUCGUCAUUCACAGCCCCAACAUUAAGUUGGAGGUCCAGCAACACAAUUUGGACCAAGAAUCCGCCGGGUCCAAGUUCUGCGGCCCUGAGACGGACAACAAGACCAACCUGGACUGCAUCUCCAUCCCGUUCCAGAACAUGCGAAACCUCCAUGACAACGGCUUUCACCAGGUCACACUGGUGAACACAUGGUAUGGCUCGUUGCGUCCUCUAUUCAACCCAGAGGAAAACUUCACCAACAUCAUGUUCCCGACAGUCACAGAUGGCAGCCAGAGGUACCUUGGUACCAUCCUGGGCUCAUCAGUCCUUUCCACCACAGUGCUGGCCGACGGCCAGCCGCUCAGCAUGGCAGUACGCUUCCAGCUGCAACACAGAACGCUGAGUCCGGCAGGAAUCAUCCAUGAUCCAGUGUGUGCAUUCUGGGACUUUGAGCUCAUGCCAGAGGCUGGGGGCUGGUGGUCCACUAGGGGCUGUGAGGUGGUGUCCAAACAGCACGGCUCCACUGUGUGCACCUGCAACCACACCACCAACUUCGCCCUGCUGCUGCAGGUGUACGAGGCUCAGAGGAGCCAAGGGGAGGAGAAGACCCUCCAGCUGCUGACGUUCGUGGGCUGCGGCGUGUCUCUGUGUGGCCUCCUCUUCACCUUCAUCCUCUUCGUCGCUGUGGGGGUCCCAAAGUCGGACCGCACCACCGUGCAUAAGAACCUGAUCGUGGCUCUGGGGACAGCAGAGCUCCUGCUCAUGUUCAGCGACUGGGCUUCAGCCAAUGAGGUGGCUUGCCUGUUGGUGACGGCGUUGCUUCACCUCUUCUUCAUGGCUGCCUUCUCCUGGAUGCUGGUGGAGGGGCUGCUGCUGUGGAGCAAGGUGGUGUCGGUCAACAUCAGUGAGGACCGCCGCAUGAAGCUCUACUACGUCAUUGGCUGGGGCCUUCCUGUUGUCAUUGUUGGUGUGACCUUGGCGGUUUCCCUGGACAAGUAUAAGGCAGACAAUCACUGCUGGCUUAACGCAGAGAAUGAUAUGAUUUGGGCGUUUGUAGGGCCUGUCAUCUGUAUCCUGGCUGUCAACACUGUGGUGCUUUGUCGGGUUGUCAUGGUGACAGUGUCCAGCGCUCGUCGUCGUGCAAAGAUGCUCACCCCCAGUUCGGCAUCUAAAAUGCACACAUUUGACCUGACCUGGGCUGUGACACGUCCGGUUCUGAUCCUGCUGCCGGUGUUGGGUCUGACCUGGCUGUGUGGGGUCCUGGUGCACCUGUCCAUGGUGGUGGCCUACGCCUUCAUCGUCCUCAACGCCUUCCAGGGCCUGUACAUCUUCCUGGUGUACGCGGUUUAUAACAGCGAAGUGCGGAAUGCCAUAAAAAGGAUCAAAGAGAAGCGAAAAGCCCUGUCUUUCACGAAUUGUUCCCAGCCAAUCAGCUUCCUGCCCUCCCAGCGGACCCCUGUCAUGUCCUGGGCCCACAGCCCGCCCCCUCCUUCCAGCCCUGAGACCAGCGACACCUCAGGUCCCGCCAGCUUCACCUCCACCUCCCUGGUCAUCAAAAACGAGAGCUACAGGACUGAAAGCUUUGUGAGUUUCUCUUUCAAGCCAGCAUCAGCAAACCAGGUGGUUCAACUGACAGCAUUCAAGCCUUCAGGCUGCUGAUCCACUGGGUUUGGUGCAAAAGUGACGAGAUUUGACCGGUACGCAACAGACAGGAAACACACAUCCACACAAAAUAUGUGCAACGACUCCAACACAACACCUGGAAACGAACUCGAGAACACACAAAAGCACACUCUCAACCACUCGAAACAUCAACCUUUCUCUUCUUGCAUGCACACAGACAUUUGAAUACUUGUACAGUACUGUUUGACGACACACUCUCUGGAAGAUGUGUGUGAAGCAGGAAGUAGGUUGGAGAAGGAUGACUGCCUCCCACUGCUCCUCCCCCUCUCCCAUUCCCAGGGUCUGAAGUCAGCUGCUGUUUGGGAAGGCCCUGUUCCAGUUCGCCAAUGUGCGACUCCUGUUCCCAGUUGUGGUAUUAUGAGAGGCUAGACGACGGUGUGGGGUGUAGGGCUGUGCGUCACAACCGGACAGAGCAGGCAAAAGUGUGUUCAAGCAAAGAAACCGGUUUAUUCACCAAUAAAAAACGUAGUUCAGGAAGCAAAACAUAAAUUACUUUGAAGCAAAACAAAGGCUUCGUAAAGUUCCUCCUCGCAUUGGAUCCUACCAAUGGUAUCCUCCAAUCAAAGUUCCUCUGGCAUCGAACUCUGUUUGUGCCAGGUACGCUCUUCCUCGCUUGGUGUGUGUGUCCAGCCUUUUGUCCUCUUUCCCUCUCCCACCUGAGCUCCCGUCUCCAAUCAGAGGACUGAGGCAUUUGCACCUGUCGGCGUGGUGCAUUCUGGGAGGCGUAGUUCUCCCGUCAGCCAUCUUGUGGCAUGGUAGCCACUCAAAGAGAGAAACAUACCCCCCCUCUACCACACGUCCUCUCGUUAUGCCACACAGUGUGCAGACUUGGUUCACUUGGUCAGUGUGGGUCACAUCACCUCUUGGGCACUGCGUUAAUUCUGUGUCCGUGUGUGUUUUGUUUAGAAUCUUAUACGUAACUGUAAUUAUCUUAUAGCUCAUCGUAAGCCUUAACCUAUCGGUUCAGAGGUUCUAUUACUGUAAGAUAAGACCAGACAACAGGAUUGUGUUGUCAGUAUAAGAUCAUGGAUAGUAUUGUGUUAUGUUCAUAUACAGUGUUAGGAUAGAGAGACAUUUUCAUCUUCUUGAUGACUAUAGAUGUAAACUGAUCCAUGUUCACGUCGUGUUGCUUUCAAAGAUACAGUGCAGGGCCCCUAGCCUGGUAUUCACCUAUCACAGAGUCUGCUGUGGAG